UCCAAAAGUCUCUUUGAGUCUAUCAAACAAUGUCGAAAUUUACGAUUCUUCCACUCUGUCUCGUUACCUUAUUCAUCUGCACGAGCUCGUUUUCGGAUCAAAACGACGACGUCCCGAGCUUCCAGUCGCCACUUCUGAUCAAGAAAAAUCAACGGACGCAAAUCGUUGAAACGGAGUUCGGAGAGAUAUCAGCCGUCCAGAUCGGCGAUGGAUACAAUAUUCAGUUUAUUACAUUGGAGCCAAACGCAUUCUUGCUUCCUCUUCUUCUCCAUUCCGACAUGGUUUUCUUUGUCCACACUGGGAUUGGAAUUUUGAAUUGGGUCGACGAUGACAAAGAGAGGACGUUAGAAUUAAGACGAGGAGAUAUUUUUAGGCUACGUUCCGGCAUAGUCUUCUACGUCCAUAGCAACUUGGAGAGAAGCGAGUUUCCAGAGAAACUUAGGGUUUACGCAAUCUUCGAUGUGGGGAAGUGUUUACACGAUCCAUGUAUAGGAGCGUACUCGAAUAUCAGAGACUUGUUAUUGGGAUUUGACGAGAAGACCCUCCGGUCAGCUUUUGCGGUUCCCGAGGAGAUUUUGGGGAGGGUAAGAGAUGAGGUGAAGCCUCCGUUGAUCACAAAUGCUCAGCCUAGAAACAGAACAAAAGGGCCAGAGGAGGAGACGUGGCAGUCACGGCUUGGUAGACUCUUUGUAAGAGUUGAAGACGUGACUGAUCAUUUGGCUAUGAAACCGGUUGAUAAUAGUAAGAAGAAGAAAUCAAGUGCCUACAAUGUUUUUGAGGCCGACCCGGACUUUAAGAACGUCAAUGGCCAGAGCAUAGUGGUUGACGAGAAGGAUACAGAUGAUUUGAAGGGUUCGAGUGUUGGAGUUUUCAUGGUUAAUCUAACGGAGGGAUCAUUGAUGGGACCGCAUUGGAACCCUAGUGCUUGUGAGAUAUCGAUUGUGUUACAUGGGAAAGGGAUGAUUCGGGUGGUUAACCACUCGUUGCCGCAAAGCGAAAGCAAGAGAAAGAGCGAGAGUGUGAGGUUCAUGGUUGAGGAGGGGGAUGUUUUUGUUGUGCCGAAGUUUUAUCCUAUGGCUCAAAUGUCUUUUGAAAACAGCUCAUUUGUAUUUAUGGGAUUUAGCACGUCGGCGAAGACAAACCACCCUCAGUUCCUAGUAGGGCAGAGCUCGGUUCUGAAGGUAUUUGACCGGGAGGUACUUGCUGCAUCCUUCAACGUGAGAAAUGAGACUAUCGAGAGAUUGUUGGGAGCUCAAAGAGAAGCUUUGAUGUUGGAGUGUGUGUCCUGUGCCGAGGUAGAGCUUUCUAGGCUUAUGAGAGAGAUUGAAGAGAGGAAGAGACGUGAGGAGGAAGAAACUGAGCGAAGAAGGCAAGAAGAAGAAAGGAAAAGGGAGGAAGAGGCAGCCAAGCAAAGAGAAGAAGAGAGGAGGAGACGCGAGGAAGAAGAAGCUGAGCGAAGAAGGAAAGAAGAAGAGGAGGCAAGAAAGAGAGAAGAGGAGGCGGCUAAGAAACGAGAAGAAGAGAGGAGAAGACGUGAGAAAGAAGAAGAAGAGGCGAGAAAGAGAGAAGAAGAGGAGGCUAAGAGACAAGAGGAAGAGAGGGUAAGGCGUGAGAAAGAAGAAGAAGAAGAAGCAAGAAAGAAAGAAGAAGAAGAAGCAAGAAAGAGAGAAGAAGAAAGGGAGAGAGAGGAAGAGGAAGCUAAGAGACAAGAAGAAGAGAGGAAGAGGCGUGAGAAAGAAGAAGAAGAAGCAAGAAGGAGAGAACAAGAAAGGGAGAGAGAGGAAGAGGAAGCUCAGAGACAAGAGGAAGAGAGGAAGAGGCGUGAGAAAGAAGAAGAAGAAUUAAGAAAGAGAGAAGAAGAAAGGGAGAGAGAGGAAGAGGAAGCUCAGAGACAAGAGGAAGAGAGGGUAAGGCGUGAGAAAGAAGAAGAAGCGGCAAGGAAGAGAGAAGAAGAAAGGGAGAGAGAGGAAGAGGAAGCUCAGAGACAAGAGGAAGAGAGGGUAAGGCGUGAGAAAGAACAAGAAAAGGCAAGAAGGAAAGAAGAAGAAGAAGCGAGAAAGAGAGAAGAAGAAAGGGAGAGAGAGGAAGAGGAAGCUCGGAGACAAGAGGAAGAAAGGAUAAGGCGUGAGAAAGAAGAAGAAGCGGCAAGGAAGAGAGAAGAAGAAAGGGAAAAGGAAGAAGAGAUGGCUAAGAGACAAGAGGAAGAGAGGCAGAGGAAGAAGAGAGAAGAGGCGGAGAAGAAGAGACGCCAAGAAGAGGAAGCGAUGAAGAGAGAAGAGAGAAAGAGAGAAGAAGAAGCUUCUAAAAGAGCAGAGGAGGAACGAAGAAGACGAGAAGAAGAAGAGAAGCGGAGGCCGCCGCAGCCACAACCUCCGACCACGGACGGAUAAAAUGUGGCGGAUGAGUCUUAAACGCUAUCCUGCGACACUGAUCAUUGGUAUAGGCUGAAAUUCUCGUGGUUGUUUUCUUUGUUUAUAUUUUUGUAAAUCGAGGCUGAGAGAUAAUCUAAAAUAAAGGUUUAUACUAUAAUAAAUAUUUAACUUGGCUGUAAAAAUGAUCCAAUCUUUGUAUUAAGCUAUUAGCCCAACAAGGAGUUACAGUGAAAAAAGAGCUUCGAGUAUA